CCUUAGGGAGGUUGAUCACACCAAGACCACUUGGGCUGUGAAGGUGAAAGUAGUCAGGGCUUAUGAACUGCCACCACAUGCAAGGGGAGGACAGAGGAUGGAGUUGGUGUUAAUGGAUUCCCAGGGAGAAAAGAUUCACGGUUUAAUAAAGAGACCACAACUUGGGUUGUUCAGGUCCAAGAUAAAAGAAAACGGUGUAUACGCAAUAAGGGAAUUCUUGGUGAUGGACAACUACUAUACUUACAAAGCUACGACCCAUGCCUAUCUAAUUGAGUUUUACGGCAAAACAGUAGUAAAAGAUAUUAAUCCAGAUGUUGUGCCAAAUAGUGUGUUUGACUUUCAGCAAUUUGAGGUUCUUCAAACCUUAAGAGUUGUGGAUGACAAACAACUAAUGGAUGUUGUGGGGAAGGUGUUGACCAAGGUUACACCUCAAAACCAUGUGAUUAAUGGUAAACCUGAGAGGUUGAUGGAGCUCACUCUCGAGGAUGCAGA